GCAAACAAGAAGAAUAAUUAAACGGUAUGGAGGUUGACGAAAACAAUGCAACGGCACCGACGGAGACACCGAUGGAAGUCGAUGAGGAUAAUUCUGAAAAAAAUGCCUCCACAUCGGCGAAUUCUCUCAGUGCUAUUAAAGUGAUGGCAUCAUCGGGCACUGUUGGAUCUGUUUCUAUCAGUCUCCAUCCGCUUGUUAUAAUGAAUGUCAGUGAACACUGGACUAGGCUUCGUGCCCAAGAAGGAACAGACCAGUUAGUAUAUGGAGCAUUGAUCGGUAAACAAAAGGGACGUAACAUUGAAAUUAUGAACUCCUUCGAACUGAUGUUCACGUGUAUCGGAGACGAUGUUAUAAUCGACAGAGAUUAUUACAACACGAAAGAAGAACAGUUUAAACAAGUCUUCAGCGAAAUGGACUUUUUGGGAUGGUAUACGACAGGAGAGAUGCCUAACGAAAGGGACAUCAGAGUGCAUAAGCAGCUCUGCGAAAUCAAUGAAAGUCCUGUGUUACUAAAGCUCGAUCCGAGACCAAAAAAUACAGAUCAACUGUCUAUUUCUAUGUACGAAUCGGUGAUCGAUUUGGUUAACGGCGAAGCUACAAUGUUGUUUGUUCCUUUAACUUAUACACUGGCUACGGAAGAAGCUGAAAGAAUCGGCGUUGAUCAUGUGGCGAGAAUGUGCAGCAACGAUCAAGGGGAAUGUUCGUUAGUCGCGGAGCACCUAACUGCGCAACACAGUGCUAUAAAAAUGUUGCACUCGAGAGUAAAAUUGGUUCUAAAAUAUGUGCAAGCUGUACAAAGCGGGGAACUGAAAGGAAAUCACGAAGUUUUGAGAGCAGCCUGUUCUUUGGGACAUCGAUUGCCGGUUUUAAACAAUCCGAAAUUUAAAGCCGAUUUUUAUAACCAAUGUAAUGACUUCACCUUGAUGACCUACCUCGGUAUCGUAACAAAAGGUUGCAAUAACAUUAAUCAAUUUGUUAACAAAUUCAAUAUUUUGUACGAUAAACAAGGCGUGGGUCGUCGUUUGCGAAGUCUCUUUUUGUGAUGAGUGAAUAGAAUCUGUUGCCUUUUAUACUUGUCUUUUUUUUACUCCUAUAGUUAUAGCAAAAUAUUUAAGUUAAGAAACUGAGAGCAGCAAAGUUUAUCGGUGA